GGUACUGGGUAAUGACAUUCUGGGGCUGAAGCUACCGAGCGACCCUGUCCUGACCCCCAACACGGUGUGCCUGACCCUGCCGGGGCUCAGCAAGCGCCAGAUGGGCCUGUGCGUACGUAGCCCAGAUGUGACCGCCUCGGCCCUGCAGGGCAUCCAACUCGCCAUCCAGGAGUGUCAACACCAGCUGCGGGACCAGCGCUGGAACUGCUCCAGUCUGGAGGGGGCGGGCCAGGUGCUGCCGGACAGCGCCAUCCUCAAGAGAGGCUUCCGGGAAAGCGCCUUCACCUUCUCCCUGCUGGCGGCGGGUGUGAUGCACUCGGUGGCCACGGCCUGUAGCCUGGGCAAGCUGCAGGGCUGCGGCUGCGCGUGGGGGGAGCACGGCGGCCAGGAGAAGCAGCGGCUGAAGCUGAGCCAGCUGCAGGCGCUGUCCCGGGGCAAGGGCCUCCCCCUUCACCUGGCCUCGCUCCUGGGCGAGCCCGGCCCACAGGACACCUGGCAGUGGGGCGGCUGCGGGCCCGACAUCA